AUGACGGUGAUGCUCCUGCAGCACUCUGCCCUCCGACACUACAAGCUGCCCUCUCCUCCGCCGCCACGAAUGACGAAGCCCGCCCCGGACGCCUCCAUAUACUGUAGCGACUACCAGACGAGGAACAAUAAUAACAACAACAACAACAACAACAACAACGGUAACAAGCAGAAACGAACGCACCACAAGCUGUCGCUGCACCCGCAACAGCAGCAGGGCUGCAAGACGACUGCGAUGCGCUACUACCGUCUAUGGAUCUACACGUGCAAUGCCGUGCUGUUGGUGAGCGUGCUAGGAUUCGCCAUCGUGGCGGGCAGAAUCGUGGUGGCCGACCCCCGGCGGUACCUCGUGCCGGGCCUGUCCCUGUACCAGCCCAGCUUCCUCUACGCCUACCUGGCCCUGGCGACGCAGAGCGGCCUCCUGCAGCUGGUCGGCUGUUUGGGCGCGCUACGCCUCAACGAGCGGCUCCUCAACGUGUACUGGCUGCUCCUCCUGGUGCUCCUCUUCGGCGACGCUAUCGUCGGCGUCGUGUGGGUAUUUCGCUUCGACAAGAUCUGCGCCGACUUGCGCCCCACGCUGAAGCAGCGGCUGGCGGCGGAGUACGGCGUCGACCGCGACUUCACGGCGCUGUGGGACGCGCUCCAGAGGGACUACCGCUGCUGUGGCGUCGACGGCGCCCAAGACUACGCGGCGGUGGCCAACCGCAGCGCAGGGGCCACCGUCUCGGCGUCGGCGGGGUCUACGGCGCCGACGGCAGCUGCUACCGCCAACCCACACUACCACACCACCGGUUGCGAGGCGCGCCUACUCCUCUGGCUGCGCCAGAGCGCGGACAUCCUGUUCGUCCUCGGGUACUGUGUCAUCGCCUUCCUCAAGCUGUGCUUCCUCGGCAUCCUGCGGUACGAGAUCCGCGAGAUGAUCCAGAAGAUCAAGAUCCUGCAGGGCGAGAUGCGGCCGCCGCCUCUGCUGCUGACGGAGCUGGGCGGCGGCGGCAGCGGCGGCGGGGCGGGCGCCAUCAGCCCGGCGGGCGUGCCGUCGCCCGCACACGCGGCCGCCGUGGCCGGGGCCGCUGCGGCGGCGGGCGCCACGCCGCCCCACCUGCAGCCGCUGCUGAUGAACCACACGCGCGCCGCCUCCGCCGCCAACAACGGCGACCUCAUGGGCGGCGCCGGGGGCGUGGGCGGCGGCGGCGGCGGAGGCGCGGGAGGCGGCGUCCGGCAGCCUCCGGACAGCCUGCAGGCGACGCCGCUGCACGCCGCCGCUCUCUCCCACCGGCACCUCAGCAUGCUCAAUAACGACGGCACCGACUCCGACACCAACAGCAACUGCGCCCUCAUCAUCUCGGAGGACGUCGGCGCGGGCAAACCCGUCAGCAGCGGUCCUCGGCGCGGCUGCGGCUCCAACGGCAACAACAACUACGAGAUCCACGAGCUGCAGGAGCUCAACAGGCUGCUCUCCAGGCACCAGACACAGAUCUGA